AUGAAUCUCAUUCUCAAGUUUGCAAUCGUGGCUCUACUCGUUCCCGUGUCAGAGUCCAGAUGGUGGGGAUGGGGACAAGGCGACAACGGUGGAGGCGGCAAUGGAGGUGGCCACAACAAUGGAGGUGGCCACCACAAUGGAGGAGGCAAUGGAGGGAACGGUGGAGGAGGCAAUGGAUGUGGAAUCGCCUUGGGAACCGGAACUCUGGAUGAAGAAGAACGGAGCACAAUCAUCUUUAUGCGGGAGGAAGAAAAGUUUUCCCGCGAUGUUUACUUGACUCUCGCUGCAUUGUAUGAUCGUCCCGUUUUUUUCAACAUUGCCCGGUCCGAGCAGCAUCACAUGGAUCAGAUGGAGGACUUGAUCAAUGCGUACAACUUGGAUGACCCGGUGCUCGACGAGAGCACGGGCGUUUUCCAAAACGGAAAUCUGCAGACUUUGUACAUUACCUUGGUGGCACGAGGCCGGGAGUCCCUUCUCGAGGCGCUCGAGGUGGGAGCCCUCAUUGAAGAAAUGGACAUUGAUGAUCUGAACAAGGCCAUCCAGGACAGCGACCAGAGUGAUCUCGAUACAGUGUAUGGCUGCCUGAGGCGUGCUUCCUACAACCAUCUUCGAGCUUUUGUUCGUAACGUGGAAUCUCUGGGAGUCACGUACACCGCACAGCACCUCUCUCAGCCAGAUGUUGAUGCAAUUCUCAACAAUUAG